AUGCUUUCGAACACUGCACACAUCGGUGUCGUUCCCAAGAAAUAUGCGAAUUUUUCUGAGAAAAAAGUUGUAGCGUUAGAUACCACACAAAGUCAUCUUUCUUUACAGGAGUCCGUCUAUGGUGAUGAUUAUGAAGACAUCGGUCCAGCUCCAUUCGAACCCAUUGGCGCCGAAUCACCCACGCCCGUGGUUACUGAACUGCAGGCGCCUGUGGAAGAAACUCAGAUCAGAUACAUGGAUGAAUUCUCUCCCCUCAGCGAGAAGAAGAAGCGCAAGUUGGAGGGUAGCCGUGUAGCUGAGGAAGAAGAGCCCGUUGAAGGAGAUGAAGAUCAUCGCUGGUCCAAACGCACUCAAAAUGUACUUAACACGAUUACAGGAAAAUUGCGUUCAGCCGACGAUACCCAGGUAACGUGGAAGCUCAUAUAUGUUCUCUUGGUAGUUAUUCUAGUCACGAUCAGCAAGUUAUUCAAUGGGAGUUAGUG